AACAUUGCCAACAAGGCCUUAACUAUAUUUCUUACUUCUAAUACCGUAUCUCACCUGCAAACAAAAUAAAAAAAAUCGUCGUUCACUUUUCCGACGACGUUGGCCGGCGGCGACGAAUUCACGGCGACUAAACGAGUUUUCUGUAGGAAGAUAUUUAUCUUCUUCUCCAAUUUUAUUUUAAAUUUUUUGAGUUUUCCGUUUGUCCUUUUUUUUCUCCGGUAAAAUGAGGCAAGUGAAGGAACCAGAGAUUAAGCUAUUUGGAAAGAAAAUUGUUCUGCCUGAGAAUGGAAAGAUACUACCGGUAAUAGUCACCAGUGAAGAUUCCGAUGUCGGAAAAUCUGUGAGUGCGAGUGAGGUUGUUACGGCUGAUGAAAGUAGUGCCGGGUCGGAUCGUGGUCCAUGUUUAGUGGAUAAGGAAGGGAACAGUUCACAGCAGGAUGAAUCAGAUGAUGGAAGUGAAUACGAAAAGGAAGAGACUGAUAAGGAUCGAAUGACAAGAGAGCUCAGUGAAGCUAAAUUAGAGGAGAAAGACCAAAAUCUAAUGAUGGAAGAAUCAGAUAAUCUUAAGUCUCCAUCAGAAAACAAAACUAAAACUCAUACUGUUGAUGAUGACUCUCCCAGAGUGAAAUCUUCCAAGACUGAGGAUGAUCAGAAUGAUUCAUCGAAUUCGCAGCAGAAAACACUGAAGAAGCCAGAUAAAAUUCUCCCCUGCCCUCGUUGCAAUAGUAUGGAUACGAAAUUCUGUUACUACAAUAAUUACAACGUCAAUCAGCCUCGUCAUUUCUGCAAGAGUUGCCAGAGAUAUUGGACUGCUGGGGGUACCAUGAGGAAUGUGCCUGUGGGAGCUGGUCGUCGCAAGAAUAAGAACUCUGCAUCGCAUUGUCGUCACAUCAUGAUCUCUGAAGCCCUUGAAGCUGCAAGAAUUGAUCCUCCGACCAGAUUUCAUCAUCCAGCGUUCAAACCCAAUGGAACUGUCCUAUCGUUUGGUCCUGACUUGCCACUGUGUGACUCUAUGGCCUCUGUUUUGAAUCUUGCCGAGAAUAAGACACCAAAUGGGAUCCAAAAUGGUUUUUACAGACGAGAACACAAGAAUCCUUCUGGCAUAGGUGGAGAAAAUGGGGAUGACUGCUCUAGUGGAUCUUCAGUCACCACUUCAAAUUCAAUGGCGGAAGGGGUUAAAAACCGCCCCCCUGAAGCAGUUAUGCAAACUAUAAAUGCCUUUCCAUCUCCAGUUCCUUGCCUCCCAGGAGUACCUUGGCCUAUUCCAUACGCUGCUGUUCCUUUCCCUGCCAUUACCCCUGCUGGAUAUCCUAUGCCAUUCUGCCCUCCACCUUAUUGGAAUUGCAAUGUGCCUGGUCCAUGGAGUCUUCCUUGGUUAACUCCACCAUCGCCAACCGCAAACCAAAAAGGAUCAAGCUCUGCUCCUAAUUCGCCUUUAGGGAAGCACUCAAGGGACGGUGAAUUGCUUAAACCAAACAAUCCCGAGGGUCAAAAGAACUCAGAGGGGUCUGUUUUAGUACCAAAAACAUUGCGGAUAGAUGAUCCUGAUGAAGCUGCAAAGAGUUCUAUAUGGUCCACACUGGGAAUCAAGUACGAUUCCGUUAGCAGGGGAGGGCUUUUCAAGGCCUUGCAACCGAAAAGCAGUGAAAAGGAUCACCCUGUCACUACAUCCCCGGCUUUGCAGGCUAAUCCUGCAGCCUUCUCUAGGUCCCUCAGCUUCCAGGAGAGAGUCUAA